AUGUCGUUUAAUCACCGGUUAAGCUACCGGUUACUCUUCCUUCUCGUUCUUAGCUUCGAAACGGCACGGCGUUUAGCUUCAGGUGACCCAAACGACGAGGCGUGCUUAACGAAUCUCCGUCAAAACCUACAAGAUCCGGCGAACAAUCUCCAUAACUGGACAAAACCCAUCUUCUCAAACCCAUGUUCCGGUUUCACUUCUUACCUCCCCGGAGCUACUUGCAACAACGGUCGAAUCUACAAACUCUCCUUAACGAAUCUCUCUCUCCGUGGCUCGAUUUCGCCUUUUCUCUCUAACUGCACAAAUCUCCAAUCCUUAGAUCUAUCUUCAAACCAAAUCUCCGGCGAGAUCCCGCCGGAGUUACAGCUCUUAGUCAACCUCGCCGUUCUUAACCUCUCGUCUAAUCGUCUCUCCGGUCAAAUCUCACCUCAGCUCGCUCUUUGCGCUUACUUAAACGUUAUCGAUCUUCACGAUAACCAACUCUCCGGUCAAAUCCCGCAACAAUUCGGGAUUCUAUCGAGAUUAUCGGCGUUUGAUGUGUCUAACAAUAAAUUAUCCGGUCAGAUUCCGGCGAGUUUGGCGGUACGGAGGUUUAAUUCGAGCUCGUUUAUAGGGAAUAAGAAAUUGUUUGGGUAUCCAUUGGAGGAGAUGAAGAACAGAGGAUUGUCUGUAAUGGCGAUUGUUGGGAUUGGUCUUGGAAGUGGAAUUGUGAGUUUGGUGAUCAGUUUUACAGGAGUUUGUAUUUGGUUGAGGAUUACGGAGAAGAGGAUGGAGGAAGAAGAAGGGAAGAUUAGUCACUCAAUGCCUAAUUACUAA